AAAUUUGGGGUUCGCCGCCGCUGCUCGCUUCGCGCAACUAUUUCCAAACUUUUCUGCUUGGUAAACUAGGCACGCGGGCAUUUUGUCUUGUGUCGUGUAUCUAGAUGAUCCAAAAAGUAUUUUAGCAGUGCUCCCUGCACUUGUCGUUGCACCUUCUGGAUGUCAGGCCAGCCCUUCUCUUUCCCUCCUCCGCCUCCACCUCCUCCCAAGACAACGGAAGGUGCUCACCCGCACACCCAGACCUUUCAGGGCAGCAGAGGGUCAUUCAGGGGCGGUCAUUCUUUCAGAGGACAUGCAAGAGGUGGUCGUGGAGGAUAUGGAAAUAGUCGUCCAGGGCAGACUACAUCGACCGCAGUGUACAGUCAGAAUCGAUUCCAGAAACCCUUGAAUAAUGGUCCACAAAGGGGCGGCUUUCUCAACGCCGCGCAGAAGCGGGAUCAUAGCACUGCGUUUGCCCCGGUCCACCAACACCGCCCGCGGCCUACGGCUGCGCCCGCGGUACCUAGCUUCAACGCUUCGAUCGAACAUCUGUUGACUCGCAGACCAUCUGUUGAUCAAACUAGCCAGAAAUCACCUGAGCCCAAAAAAGUAGAACCCAGAAAACACAAUGUCCUUGGUUUAACUCCUGCAAAAUUUGACCAAGAUUCCGAUCCAGAAGACGACGAAGAUGAAGAACAGCGCCUGGCGAACAAAGCGACGUCGGGCGUGGGUGGUUACAUAUUCGAAUACAAUGGACAUCCUCUCACUCUGCGGACUCGGGAAGAGAUAUUGACUUGGCUCUCAGAAAGAAAACGGCGCUACCCGACAGAGGCGCGGAGAGCGGCGGCGAAGAAGGAGGCUGAAGAGAAGAAGCGAAAAUGGGAGGAGGAGCAGCAGGCCAAACGAGAGGCUAGAAAAGAGCUUCUGGCCAGAAGAGAACAAGAAAGAGCCGAAAGACUGAAAGCAACGGACAAAACGAAACAGCCACGCGAACAUAACCGGAGUUCUCGGAGUCGGGAGGAGACCACAAACACAGAUGCCGCCGCUCGAGCCAAAUUGAAAGCCGAUAAGUUACGAAAGAGAGCUCUCAAAGCGCAACAGCAGUUGGAGAAAGCGGAGGAAGCGUUGCGGAUUGCUGAGAUGAAAGGGACUUCCUUAAAUUCCUCGAGUACCGCCACGAUACGCAGUCCAUGUCCAACCCCAGAAGCUGGCGAUGUCUCGUCCAAUUCUGACCUCACAGACUCAGAUGUCACCUCAUCCUCUGGCUCGUCCACAAGCUCCGGCUCAGACUCCGAUACAGAUUCGGAUGCUAGCUCUGAUUCAGGUUCCAUUCCAGAAGUAACGAGCGCUAAACAGGCGUCUGGUGCUCAUGCCUCUCUACCGCCGGGACCACGGUCGGCAAGGCCUCAAGCGCCUCAACUCUGCAAACAUUUUGCUAAGUACAAAACUUGCAAAUGGGGCUCAAGCUGCCGCUAUUCGCAUGAUAUCAUUCGAAAGGACGGGAGAAGCGACAAGGGAACAACCACGAGUCUGCACAAACAUUCAACAACUACCGCUACCGGCAACGUACGGAGGAAAGGAUUGUGGCAAGUCAUGGUGGACAAGGAGAAAGAAGAAAGCAGGAAACGCCUGCUAGGUGCCAUCAUUGGCCUGGGAGAGAAAGGACUGCUUGAGAGUCCAUCACAGAAGGCAGACGGCACUAUAUAGGAUGCAAACGUUCUCUCAGUUAUUAUUUCACCAUCCAACCAUCUUUCGAUGAAGCAAGCGGUUACGCACUCAUGAGCGUUUUAGCGACUUCGCGCUGGCUUUAAUACAUCAUUUGACCCUCCCG